UCCCCCGUUUUCCAACUCGCCCGCCUUCUGCUGCUGCCAGUCGUUUCAAAUUUCGGGAAGAAAGAGAAACCCUACCGCCCGCUCGGAACAUUCGCUAGCGGCUACUUACUGUUCAACCUUGAUAUCUCUCUCUCUCUCUCUCUCUCUCUGUCUGCAUAUAUAUAUAUAUAUCAUCGUUUGUAUAACUACAAUUCAUUCAUAAAUGGCGCCCAAAUCCAUGCAGAAAUCUCUUUUGCAGAAGCAGCAGAAGCACGGGCUGUUUCAUCAGCUUGAUGACAAUGACGACGACGAUUUCCAAGAGUCCGCCUUCCCGGCGCCUCAUUUCAGCCAAAUCCCUCGCAGCAUUUACCAACAGAAAUCGCGAUCCCAACCUCCCCCGAAACCCUUGAGUUGCCAUCCUCAUCCAUCCAAGAGACCCAAAGCCGAACCCCUAAAAGGCGAGGAGGGGGAGGAAGAGUCGUUGGAUUCUGCAUCUGCGGCUAAGGGCAACAAUUCCCCCAAUACUCUCGUGGUGGAUGACGAUGACGAUGAGCGUUGCACACAACUUGAUGUUUUGAUCCAGUUAUGUUCUUCCGAGCAACAUGAUGGUAUUUUUGACGACAACAAGAACAAUAACAACAAUUACGAUGACCUUUCAUCCGCAAUUGGGACUCACGAACUUGCUCAUCACCAACCUCAAGCAUCCAGUUCCAGUAAUGGCGGUGAUGAUACUUUUUCUAGUAGGAGUACUAAUCUCAUUGACUGUCCCCUUUGUGGAGCUGACAUUUCAGAGUUGUCUGAGGAGUUAAGACAGGUUCACACUAACGGCUGCCUUGACAAGGACUCCACAAGUGUAGCUUGCUCCAAUGGUGAUACGGAAACCCGGUGCCCUGAGAAAUUAAUUGAUGGCUCUUCUAUAAAAUUUGAUCAGCCAUUUGUUGAUGUCUCUCCUGUUCUACAAUGGAUCCACAGUCUGGGUCUAGCUAGAUAUGAAGAGAUUUUUGUCAAGGAAGAGAUAGAAUGGGACAGUUUAAAGUGGUUGACAGAGGAGGAUCUAUUGCGUAUGGGUAUUACUGCACUUGGUCCAAGAAGAAAGAUUGUUACUGCUCUUAGUGAACUUAGAAAAGAAAGCACUAAUACAGAGAGAGGAUCAGAUGCUCAUAGAGAUUUAGUUGAUGGGUCUAGUAGACCAGCUGUGAACAAGUUAAUUACAGAUUAUUUUCCUGGUUCUGUUGGUCACAUGAAAAAAGGUGGCAAUUUGUCUAGUGGAAGAUGUGAGACUAAAAAAGUUAACUUGAAUACUGGGCGUAAGCAGAUUGUGAAGAAAAGAAAUGUCAUUAGUCAAAAACUCAGGGAUAUUCCGCAAUGGUGCUGCAUACCAGGAACACCUUUUCGAGUGGACGCAUUCAAAUAUCUUAGAAGAGAUUGUUCGCAUUGGUUUCUCACUCACUUUCAUGUAGACCAUUACCAAGGUCUUACCAGGUCCUUUUCUCAUGGAAAGGUUUACUGCUCCCUUAUCACAGCAAAACUUGUAAAUAUGAAAAUCGGGAUCCCUUGGGACAAAAUACAAGUUUUACCCCUCAACAAGAAGAUAAGUAUUGCUGGAAUUGAUGUGACAUGCUUUGAUGCAAAUCACUGCCCAGGUUCCAUCAUAGUAUUAUUUGAACCACCCAAUGGUAAGGCUGUUUUACACACUGGAGAUUUUCGAUUUUGCGAGGAAAUGGCAAAGACACCUGUGUUGCAGACAUGUCACAUCCAAACUCUCAUACUUGACACUACCUACUGUAACCCUAAGUAUGACUUCCCAAGGCAGGAGGUUGUAAUUCAGUUUGUCAUUGAGGCCAUUCAAGCUGAAGUUUUCAACCCAAAAACUCUUUUUUUGAUUGGUAGUUACACAAUUGGAAAGGAAAGACUCUUUGUAGAGGUCGCUCGUGUAUUGCGCAAGAAAGUCUAUAUCACUGCAGACAAGCUGCGUGUUUUGGAAUGCUUGGGGCUUACUAUGGAAGAUAUGCAGUGGUUCACAUUAAAUGAACACGAGAGCCACAUUCAUGUUGUGCCUAUGUGGACACUCGCUAGCUACAAAAGACUGAAAUGUAUAUCUAACCAAUAUGCGCAUCGGUUCAGUCUUAUAGUUGCUUUCUCACCUACUGGCUGGACAUUUGGUAAAGGAAAGAAGCCUUCAGGAAGGAGAUGGCAGCAGGGUACCAUAGUAAGAUAAUAUGAUACUGAUGACAAAGAAAAUUGAGCCUUGAACCUGGGAGAUGGUGCACCCAAUGAAUGACAAAACGUUAGGGUGAGGGCUGCCUUCAUCAAAUGUGUGAUUGCAUUGCCAGGUUGCCUUAUUGAUAUUAUCUUCUCAUGCAUUGCACUUUUACAUUCUGGACCAUACAAAGUAUAGGGAGGAUGAUCAGGCCAAGGGAUAAAUGAGGAAGAUUUGGACAAUACUACAUAAGUACUUUUGAAACAUGUCACCUUAUCUAGAUGUUUAAUUAUUGAUGUAUCUAGUUGAACAUAUGAUACAAAAUGAUGAUGAAGUUAUGCGUUGUUCAUAUUUGGAGUUGUCCCAUCUUAUUCCUCUUGUAUAAGUUGGUUGUAUACUGAAACAUGCACAUGUAAAGUAGACGGGUGAAUAGUUCACUAAAGGGUCACUUGUGGCAAAACAGUAGAUUGGUCAAUCUAUUGUGAAGAAAGGUAGAGGUUCUGCACAAAAGAGAAAGAAGGUAAGUGUUAAUCAGUAAGGACUUUUCAACCCUUCACAAUCAACAGGGCUCCAAGCCCGAAUACUUGCUUGCUAUAUAAAAAAGCAUUAUCCUUGCAGAGCUGCAGGUCAACAGCAUGCAGUUAUUUUCUGAAUUUCAUAGUAGUUUACAUUUCUAAAAAACUAGGAUUCAUUUUCACUGUUCACUGGCAGUUUAUUACUUUUCAUCAACUAUUUUUUCUCCAUAUGUAAUUAAUAAUU